UUCCAACACCGCAGGUCACAGAAUCUGAUAGGUCACCAUAUUCGGUGUAACACCGGCUCCCGUCGUUCAGACUCGUUCACGGCCGACACAUCACUGGUCAGCUAGCUUGACUACAGUGAGCCGCUGCACGUCGCGCUGCCGUUUUCACAACAAAAACUACAUUAAAAAAACCCCGCUGAACAGCUGUCCGAGCCGCCGGUUCACCAGCGGAGAGUCCGCCCGCAUCAUGUCCAGCGUCCUGCGGCUCAGAGAGCUCGUUAACGAGCGGCUGUCUGCGGCCGCGGAGGAGAUCUUCGAGGCGGUUAAAAAAGCCAUCGCGGGCUACGAGGAGGAGAUCCUGCUCUCCAGACGGGAGAUCCGCCGGCAGCGCAGGAUGCUAAAGACACUUUCUAAACCUGAAAUAAACAUUAACAAACACUCAGACCAGCCGCAGCUGGCUCUCUCCGUCUGGGAUGAAGACUUCUUCUCCGAGCAGCAGGAGGAGGAAGUGGAGGACGAGGAGGAGGAGGAUGAGGGGCGCUGUGAGCAGGAGUGGAGCUCCGGUGUGGACCAGGAGCCUCCGCAGACGGAGAAGAACCAGGAGGAGCUCCCCAGCGGUCAGGAGGAGGAGGAGCAGCUUCAGGACAUAGAGGAAGACAGCACCAUCAGGUUCAUCUUCACUCCUCCGUACGUGAAGAACGAGCUCGACCAGCUGCAGUCCGAAUACCAGAAAGGAGGAGAAGGAGAUCCUCUGCCGAGCACCUCGGCGGAGCAGAGCCAGACGAAGGAGGAGGGCGACGACGACGACGCCGCGGCGUCCUCCAGCUGCUCCGCGGCCGAACACGACGACAGCGACGAGGAGUGGAGGGGCAGCGCUGGAUCUCAGAGCGACGACAGCGACGGCAAGUGGAAGAAGAGGAAGACGUCUCGUUUAUCGGCGGACGCGAAGCUGCAUCCCGCCAAGAAAGCCAAACCGCGCAUCUGCUGCAAAGUGUGCGGGAAAGCUUUUCACGCCAACGUCUCUCUGGUGAAUCACAUGGAGGUUCACCCGAAGGACGUCUGCGGCGUCUGCGGGGAACGCUUCGACACGGAGGAGAGCUUCCAGGCUCACGUGAAGACGCACGUGAAAGCCGGGAUCUGCAGCGUUUGCGGGAAAUGUUUCGGCACCUCGAGCGCUUUGGAGACGCACAUGAGGAUCCACACGGGAGAGAAACCGUUCAACUGCAGCGAGUGCGGGAAAUCCUUCAACUGCCGCCACAACAUGAUGCGACACAUCCGGAUACACACGGGGGAGAAGCCGUAUCCCUGCAGCGUCUGCGGGAAAUGCUUCAACGACUACUCCACGUGGAAACGCCACCUGCUGGUUCACGUGAACAAGAAGAACCUCGACCCGAACAACGCGAACGAGAACGAGAACGGCAACGACGGCGAGAAGAAGAUCAAGACGUCGUAUCCGAAAAAGCAGCAGACGCGGACCAUAUGCGAAGUGUGCGGGAAGAUGUUUCACUCCGUGGUUUCGCUGGUGAAUCACGCCAAAAGUCACGCGACGGACCUGUGCGGCGUUUGCGGGACGCAUUUCGACUCGGAGGAAAGUUUAAAACUCCACCUGAAAACUCACAAAAACGGGAAGGUGUGCGAAGUGUGCGGGAAGUGCUUCGACAGUCAGGGGAACCUGGAGAUGCACAUGAGGAUCCACACGGGGGAAAAGCCCUUCCUGUGCAGCGAGUGCGGGAAAUCCUUCAACUGCCGCCACAACAUGAUGCGACACAUGAGGACGCACACGGGGGAGAAGCCGUACCUGUGCAACGUGUGCGGCCGGUGUUUCAGCGACCACUCCACCCUGAAGCAGCACAGCGGCACGCACACGGGGGAGAAACCGCACCGCUGCGAGGUCUGCGGCAAAGGUUUCCACCGAAAGACGUACGUGAGGCUUCACAUGAAGAGUCACACCACGGAGAAAUGACUGUCCGCACCCAGAGCUGUAAAUAAAGCCAAAGACGUUUGCAGUGAGCUGUUGGACUGUUUUAAUAAACCUUCACUUUAUGACUGA